AGGGUUCAGAAUACAAGUGAACCAAGUCCACUUUUGGUCAUUUUUGAGUUAGCAACGCUAUAACAUGCUCCAACUAUGUAAAAUUUCAGUGUAAUAAUGAACCAUGUCCUAGUUCUGAUAAUAUCCGCUAGGCAGCAGGAAGUUCUACUGUUUAGUGAAAGAUUGUUAUUUUCUUUCAGAAUACUGAUGAACCAAAUCCAUGCAUAGUUGCCAGAUCGUGAGAAAAAUUCGUGUUAGCUUUUAGAUUUUCAAUGAAAACCUGCAUAGGUGGUAUUCCGGGUAUCUAAACCUAUAUUUCAAUCAUUUUGUUUUGAUAAAACAGCUGAUGUGAGAGUAAACAGUUCGGGAGGUUAUGGACUGUCCAUGUGAUGUUUGUUUACUGUGUACAGCUCUGUGUUGACGUCCUUAAUCUCUUUAUUUACAGCUUUUGGCAGUUUAUACGAAUUAUUUUUGUUGGCUAGUUGUGUUACGUGAUGGAUAUUUCAUCUGGAUCAGAUGAAGAGUGGUCGCCAAACGAAUUUGACACAGACUGUGAUAGUUCAUCUGACGACAAGACUGUUCUGUCGGCCAGAUCGAAACGGAGGCGUCCGCCUAAGAACCUGCUGAAGGAACACAUUUCUUAUGAUCUUGCUGAACCCAGUACAUCAAAGGAGCCUGCAGCUCCAGGUGACAUCAUCGUACCUGCCUCGAACACUCAUGCCAUCAUCAUUCCUCCCUCUGACCAUUCAGAUGGGGAAAAUGAAAAUAUUUCCCGAGGAAGAAAGCGCCCGAGGAACUUUGAAAACUGGUAAAUCAACAAGAGGAAGUUGAAUCUUAACAGCGGUAAAGAGUACACAUCUCGCAGUAAUAGGUAACGCCAGCAAAGAUAUUUCCCUCUGGAUAUGACUGUAAAUGCCCCAGAAAGUGCCGUGGGAAGUUCCCUUCUGAAGAUACAUUGAAAUAUUUUUUUAAUUCAUUUUGGAAACUAGCAGAUUAUUCAAAACAAAACUGUUUUUUGAGGGGCUUAGUUAAGGCCUCAACUGUCAGUAGGCGUCGGU